GUGGCUGGCUGGCUUCGGUGACUUGUGUGGUUUGCGGCACUUACAGAUUUUAGUUGAGAGUUAAACGUUUGGAUCAUUACAUCGGAUGGCGGAGUUUUAACUUAAACAAGACAACAAAUUUCUGUGUGAAGUUGUGUUACAAAGUACAAUAACAACAACAAUAAGAAAAAGAAGAAAAUAAAGUGGAAAAUAUAAAUAAAUCAAAAAACAAAUAUCUUUUGGGUUGAAAAGAUAACAGCACACAACAAAAAAUUGUUGUGGUUGCUUUGUUGCUGUUGUUGUAGUUCUUUUUAUUAUUGAACAUACAAAUACUUUGUUUUUGGUGUAAUGUUGUGCCUAGUGUCUUUCCUUUUGUAAAGAGUAAAAAAAAGUGUGUGAGUUGUUGGCUGAUGGUCUGUUGCACAUUUUUCCUACUAACCACCAACAGCAGUGACGGGGGCCCCCCAAAAACAAAACCAAAACCAGACGAAGGAAUGAAUGAAUAUUUUUGUAUUGCUGCUGCUGCUGCGACAAUUGCCACUACGGAGGAGUAGUCUGUUCUCGACACAUGUGAUUCGCAAAAAUAAUAAUUAAAUCAUAACGAAUUUCAAAUAAUUAUCACAAAACAUAAAAGUGCAGAACUAUAAAAAAACAUGUUUUGAGCAACAGGACAUACUGAAGCAGAACGGAGGAAACAAGGAAGUCUUUGCAAAACAAAACCAAAAAAAAGUUGCGACUUCCUUGCUCACAGCAGAAUUGAACUUAUCUCCAUUGUUGUUAUUGUAAGAAGAAAAAAAGCCCGACUUUGAAACGAAAGUAGGACGCUUCUUUAGUGCGUGCCCGUUCACAUGUGUGUGUUAUGUACAAACGAAACGAUUACGACCGGAAAUUUAUGAACUAAGAACACUACACACACACUCCCCAGAUUUUAACGACCAGGCCAGCAGGCAUUCAUAAAAAACGAUAUUGUUGUCUGCGCGCACACACACACACAUAAUUUUCUCUCACACAGAGAACAGGGAACAAAAUCGAAAUCAUUAGGUGGAGAGUUGGAACAUCACAACAUGACGAAAAUAUGUUGGAGCGGCGCUGUUAGCAGCCGCUUCAAGCUAACAACAACAACAACGCGUCUUAUCAAUCGUAGACUAUUUCUUGCGCUGGCGGUAGCUGUACUGUGUUUGAUUCACACAGCGAGUGGCCAGCAUGCCGGGAGACGAGAUCGUCCCCGCAAUCCUCCAAGACAAUUCAUAAAAACACAUCCCUGCGAACGAUCAUCCUGUUACCCGGCCACGGGCAAUUUACUCAUUGGUCGUGAACACCGUUUAUCGGCCUCUUCAACGUGUGGUCUUAACUCACCCGAACGUUUCUGCAUAUUGUCCCAUUUGCAGGACAAGAAAUGUUUCCUUUGCGACACCAGAGAGGAGACACGAAAUGAUCCCUACAAGAACCAUCGCAUUGGCCAAAUUAUUUAUAAAACCAAACCCGGCACCAACAUACCGACAUGGUGGCAAUCGGAAAACGGUCGUGAAGGCGUAUCCAUACAAUUGGAUUUGGAGGCUGAGUUCCAUUUCACUCACUUGAUUAUGUCGUUCACCACCUUCCGGCCUGCGGCCAUGUUCAUUGAACGUUCAUUUGAUUUUGGCCAGACAUGGCAUGUUUAUCGCUAUUUUGCCUAUGAUUGUGCCGACUCAUUUCCGGGGGUACCAACGGUGUUGCGCAACAUUACCGAUGUCGUUUGUACAUCACGUUAUUCGAAUGUGGAGCCUUCUCGUAAUGGUGAGGUUAUUUUCCGCGUUUUGCCACCGAACAUCAAUGUGUCCGAUCCCUACGCUCCACAUGUGCAAAACAUGUUGAAGGUAACCAAUCUGCGUGUGGUCUUUAAGAAGCUCCACAAGUUGGGUGACAAUUUGCUGGACAAUCGCCUGGAGAAUGAGGAAAAGUAUUAUUAUGGUAUCAACAACAUGGUGGUGAGAGGUUCCUGCUCCUGCUAUGGCCAUGCUUCCCAGUGUUUGCCUUUGGACGGUUCGGAUACCAGUGAACCGGAUAUGGUCCAUGGCCGUUGUCAAUGUACCCACAACACCAAGGGUCUAAAUUGUGAAACCUGUGAAGACUUCUUCAAUGAUUUCCCCUGGAAACCGGCCUUUGGCAAGCAGACAAAUGCCUGUAAGAAAUGUGAAUGUCAUGACCAUGCGGUAAGCUGUCACUUCGAUGAGGCCGUGUUCGAGGCGUCGGGACGUGUUUCGGGCGGUGUUUGCGAUAAUUGUAUGCACAACACCCAGGGCCAGCAUUGCGAGGAAUGUAUGCCAUUCUUCUAUCGGGAUCCCAAUGAGGACAUCAGCAGCCCCUAUGUCUGUAAACCUUGCGAAUGUGAUGCCAUUGGUUCGUUGGAUGAGGGUAUUUGUGAUUCACCCGAUCCCGAUACACCUGAUGUGGAGGCUGGUUCUUGCCACUGUAAGACCAAUGUCAAGGGCAGACGCUGUGACACAUGUAAGGAUGGUUUCUGGAACUUGAUAGCCGAAAAUCCUGACGGUUGUGAGCCGUGCAGUUGCAACACUUUGGGUACCGUGGACAAUUCCGGUUGCGACAUGAUCACCGGUGAGUGUAGAUGUAAACGUUUGGUUACCGGCAAAGAUUGUAAUCAGUGUGCUGCCCAGACCUAUGGUCUGUCCGAGUCCGAAGACGGUUGUACUCCUUGCGAUUGUGAUGCUGGUGGUUCGUAUGACAACUUCUGCGAUGUAAUUACCGGUCAGUGUCGCUGCCGUCCACAUAUGACUGGUCGUAGAUGUGCCCAGCCCAAGCAGAACUAUUUUAUACCGCAAUUGCACAUCACCCACGAAGCGGAAAGUUCACAACACUGUGUCUCCUAUUCCAGCGGCAAUGGCAAUUGUUCAACAAUACCCUAUCCCCAGACACCGGAUCGCUUACCCGAUUGGACGGGCAUCGGAUACAUUCGAGUCCCCGAAAACUCUGAGCUGGUUAUUACUGUUGAUGAUAUACCCCGUUCCAUGCCUUAUGAUGUACUCAUACGUUAUCAGUCCACUUCGCGCGGCGACUGGGAAGAUGCCUACAUAACAUUGGUACGUCCCGACGAGGUGGAUCCUGUGGGAGAUUGUGCUGAUCUUGUGCCACCGGGUUCCAGUGUCUAUGAGUCGCGUGUGCCAUUUGUCUUGCCCGAUCGUGAGCGCCAGGUGAUUGCAUUGCGUGAGGUGUGCCUCGAAGCUGGCAAAAUGUAUAAAUUCAAAAUCCACUUCGAAAGGAGACGCCACAACGAAGAUAAUCCCACCUCGACAAUUUUGAUUGAUUCACUGACCCUGAUUCCGAGAAUAGAAUUGACCAGCAUAUUCCGUGGUUCACCCGUGGCCGAUUCCCGCCGCACCCAGUACUAUCAAAUGGGCUGUAAUCAAUCGCUGUAUGACAUACGCUAUAGCAGUUUUGCCGAUGAGCGCUGCAAGGAACUGGAGGACUAUGUGAGCACAGUCAUCUAUGAUGGUGCCAGCAUGUGUAACUGCAAUCCCACUGGUUCGUUGAGUAAGGAGUGUGAUCCCCAUGGUGGUUAUUGUCAAUGUAAACCGAAUGUGGUGGGACGUCAGUGUGACCAGUGUGCUCCGGGCACAUAUGGUUUUGGUCCCGAGGGAUGCAAGGCUUGUGAUUGUAACAGCAUUGGAGCCAAGGAUAACAAUUGUGAUGUUCUAACGGGUCAAUGUGCCUGCCACCCCAAUACCUAUGGCCGCGAAUGUGAUCAGUGUCAGCCUGGUUUCUGGAAUUUCCCCAACUGCCAAGCCUGUGAAUGUAAUGGUCAUGCCCAGCAAUGUGAUGCUCGCACUGGCCAAUGUUUGAACUGUGCCGACUUCACCACUGGCUAUGGCUGUGAUGCCUGUUUGCAUGGUUACUACGGAAAUCCCUAUUUGGGCAGUGAAAUCGGUUGCCGUGCCUGUCGCUGUCCCGACACUAUUGCCAGUGGCAAUGCCCAUGCCGAUGAUUGUUCAUUGGAUGUGCGUAACAAUAACAUGAUCUGUCAUUGCCAGGAUGGUUAUGAUGGACCACGUUGUGAUAUUUGUGCCGACAACUACUUUGGUGAUCCCGAGGUACCUGGCGGCUCCUGUCAGAAAUGUGACUGUGGCAACAACAUUGACAUCUACGACACUGGUAAUUGCGAUCGACACACCGGAAAAUGCUUGAAAUGUCUCUACGAUACGACCGGUGAUCAUUGUGAGCUGUGUCGCGAUGGUUACUUCGGAGAUGCUUUGAAACAGAAUUGUAUACCCUGUGACUGUGACUUCCUGGGCACCAAUAGCACCGUGCAAUUCUGUGAUCGCGUCAGUGGUCAAUGUCCCUGCCUGCCCAAUGUCGAGGGUGUACGUUGUGAUGAAUGUGCUCCCAACCAUUGGAAGAUUGCCUCUGGUGAGGGUUGCGAGGCCUGUGAAUGUGAUCCCAUUGGAUCAUUGUCGGAGCAGUGCAAUCGUUACGACGGCCAGUGUGAGUGUAGGGAAGGUUUUGGUGGUCGCGCCUGUAACCAAUGCCAGACCAAUUACUAUGGCAAUCCCAACAAAGAGUGUCACCCUUGCGACUGUGAUCCCUAUGGUUCGGCCGACUUCCAGUGCGACCGUGAGACGGGACAGUGCGUCUGCCACGAGGGUAUUGGAGGCCACAAAUGUAACGAAUGUGCCCGUGGCUUUUUGGGAGAAUCACCCCACUGCAUGCCUUGUGGCGAAUGUUUCAACAAUUGGGAUUUGAUUUUGAAGGAAUUGGAAGAGGCCACCAGCGAGACCAUACGCAGGGCCAGUGAGAUUAAAUUGAUUGGCGCAACCGGUGCCUACACAUCUGAGUUCAAUACGCUGGACAAGAAACUACAACACAUCCGUGACCUUUUGCAAAACACGUCGGUCAGUUUGAAGGAUAUUGACAGUUUGGACAAGGAAGUAGCUGAAAUGAAACAUAAACUAGGUGAAGCCCAUCAAAAGCUCUUGGAUACUGAAGGCAAUUUGGAAGAUAUUUACUCGUCCCUCAGUUUGUCAGCUGUUGAGGUUGAGGCUUUGCAGAACCAAUCCGAAUUGGUAAAGAAACUUUCCAAGGAAUUGAAGGAGCAUGGUAUCCAACUGCAGGAGUCGAACAUAGAAGGUGCCCUCAAUCUAACACGCACAGCCUAUGAACGUGUUCAAGAUUUGUCGGAGGUUAAAAAGAAGGCCGAAGAAUAUGCCUCGAACACGGAUCGUAAUUGUAAACGUGUUGAAACGCUGGCCAAUAAAAUGAAGGAGGAAUCCUCAGCAGUGGAGACCAAUGAUGAACUUAUCGAACAGUAUCGCGGAGAAUUGUCCAGCCUAACAGCCAUGAUACCGGAAUUGAAUAACGACGUGUGCGACCGCAUGGGAGAUCCUUGUGAUAAUAUCUGUGGUGGUGCCGGUUGUGGUUCCUGUGGUGGUCUGUCAUGCGAACGUGGUGCCUUGACACGUACCGAAAAGGCCCUUAAGGUUGCCAAGGACACGGAGCAGGAAAUCAAGGAAAAGAAAGAUCAAGCUGAUCAGACCAUACGUUCCCUGUUCCAGGCCAAGGUCAAUGCCUCGGAAGCUUAUCAAAAAUCCAAGAGUGCCCAUGAAGAUGCCGAACGUUAUUUGAACCGCACCCUGUUGAAUAUAAAACGUGGCGAAGACAUGAUUGGCAAUCUAAUGGAAUUCAUGUCCAACGAAACAGCCCUGCCCAGCGAAUCAAAGGAUUUGGCCCAACAGACAUUAGACUUGGAUCUGAAAUUGGAUCCCAAUGAAAUUCAAAUGCUGGGUGGUAAAAUCAAUGAUGCCGUUCUGUCGCUGAAAAAUGUGGAAGCCAUUAUUUACAGUACCCGCGAAGAUUUGCAACGUGUCAAUGAUUUGCAGGCCAUUGCCAAUAAGACCAAGGAACUGGCCAACGAUAUCCUUCAAACUGCCAACACGGUUGUGGAAAAUCUCAACGAUGCCGAUGAGGCCCAGGGAAAGGCAAGCGAUGCAAUUGCCCAAGCCAAGAGCAACAUUGAAUUAGCUGCUCAGGAUUUGGAUCAAAUCGACAGUGAAACCGGGGAGGCCGAGGCUCCGGCCAAUGCCACAGUUCAGCAUGUUGAAGAGCUGGCCAAAAAGGUAGCACGUCUGCAAAAGAACAUACUCAAGAAUGAGCUUGAUGCCAAGGAUGUGAAAAACGAAGCAGACAAGGUGAAAGAGUCGGCCAGGAGUGCCCGCGAAGAUGCCAGAAAAUUGCAGAAUGCCUCCAAUGUUGCCAAUCAAACACUCACCGAUCGGGCUGUACGUUCGGAAAAUGCCCGCGAUCGUGCCAAGAGGUUGCUGCAAAAGGCCUCCAAACUCACGGUCGAGACUAAGGAACAACUGCGCGAGUUGAAACUCAUGCAGGAUUCGUACAAAGAAAAGAACGAUCAACUGCUGAAGUUGCAAGAUGAUCUAAUACCUUUGCAGGAUGAACUUGCGCAUCAUUUCAAGAAUAUUAAGGCCAAUGCUGAGCGUUAUAUACAAUGUUAAAGGAAACGGCAGGGGCGGGAGAGAAGAGAGGGAGAGAGAGAAGAAAGCUCAUAUACCUACUUAAAAAAGGACAUCUGCUCUCCUUCGCUUUCGCCGCCCCCAGUUAUAGGUUUAAAUCACUUUUUUUUAAAUAAUAAAAAUCUAAUUUUCGAAAUAAUAAUAAUAAUAAUCUAUGCAACAAAGCCAUAACGAAGAAACUACCAGUACAUUGUUUUGUGUAAUUUGUCAUCAUCCUUCACCGUGUCUCAUUUAAGUUUAUAAUUUUUGUACGUCAAAGCAAGCGAGCAAUGUUCUUAGCAAUAUACAUAGUAGUUAUGUGUAGCAAUACUAAGGAGACCCCUCCCAGCUUCCUGUCUGUCCAUCCCAUAGUAUAAUUUUAAUAAAUUAAAAUGCAAUAUCUAUUAUCUACCCCACCUGCCCGCCCGUCACAUACCCCAUCCCAAACCUCCAAACCUUCAUUUAUUUAGUUUUAAACAAACUUAAGUUUUUUUUUGUUGCAAUUUAAUCGUGUGCCUUAUUUUUGUGAAGAAGAUCGAUCAUCCCCUCCGAUUAUAGUCAUAAUUUUUUUUUGAACAAAAAGAGAACAAGAACAACAACAAAUAUUCGAAUAUGCCAUAAAAUCUAAGAAAAAAUUUUUUAAUUUAAAGUAUAGCAAUGGGUAAGAAUGGGGGAGACAUGAAAUCAUGGAUUUCAUUGCUAUGAUGAGGCCCAUGGGUUUUUUGGCCUCACCUGUUCUUACACCCAACUCAUUACUUCUUUUUUUUACUUUCAUACUAUUACGAGCGAAUCAUACAUUUUAUAUAUAUAUCUGAUAAUGAUGAUGUGAAAUAAAUAAAUAAAAGUUUAUAAUAAAAA